AAUAUAUAUUGUUACUAAUAUUGUUUUUAUCUUACUAGUUCUUUGUGACUUUGUAAAAGAUGUAUGAUGUCAAUAGGAUUGUCAACACCUAAGACCCCAAGAAAAAUCCCUGUUCAUCUGCCCUUUCAUUGGAAAUGUUACAUGUAUACCUCGUACAUCCUCAACAGCCAUACCUUGCAAAAAUAUAUGUAUCAUUUAAAUAACUUUGCUUAUUAGUAUUCUUUUCUCUACCACAUUUUUUUGUCUUUCUUUCUUCUUGCUAGAGUUACUGGAAUUAACCAUCAUGCAGAGGCUGCUUUUUCUUUUUAUUGCCAAAUGGCUUUAACUUCUGUUUUGUUUGUUUUUGCCCGUCGUAUCCCUUUUUUUAUUAUGUUUUGCUGAAGCACUGAAGUCAGCGAUGUUGGUUAAUGGAUCUCGUAUGCUUCGAUGUCGAGUGUUGAUUGUUGCUUGUUAUAAUUGAUUCUAUACUCAAAUUAGAAUCUAGAAUUUGUUUUAGUUGUAUUAAAAGUUUAACAUCACUCUGUUUUUUUGUUAAACCAAUCAAACAUUGGAUUCAAAUUUGAAUUAUUAAGUGACAUCAGGAAGCAACUUGACCAUGCAAUUGGAGGGAACAUUGUGAGCUUAAAAUUUUAAACCUGAUGGAAAUGUAGUUAUUUUGAACCUAAAUUUGAAUUCUGCUUCCUAAUAGGUUAAUUAAGGCGACUCUAAAUUUUUGAUUAACUAAUUUUAGAUCAAUUUUUCUCACUCGUUGAUGCAUAUCUUAUCUUAGAUGAAAUGAGUGGAGGUUGGAUGAUAAAAAAAUGGUUAUACAAAAGAGAAGUCUAACUCUAGAAUAAAUCAUAGGUUGCAUUUUUUUUUUUUAAUAAUUUAGAUGUUGAAGUUUUAGGUACAUAUUUGGUUAAAAAGAAAAAAGUUACCAAAAGGAAUAAUUUAAGAUGAAAGAGAUUGAAGACUAUGUUUUCUGAAAAUUUAUUGAAAGUGGAAAUGUUCAAGGUCAUGAUUGUGGGAUUUUUUUGAAUUCAUACAAUAUAUUUGUAUAAAAAAUAAAACAUGUAACUCCAGAGAAUUCAUAUAAUCAUAAAAUAUCAUGAUUUUGUAAUAUAUUCACAAACUUCCUUAAACAAGUUCCAAUACUGGUGUUUUUCGUUAAAGAUAGGGGGUUUUCACUUGCUAGGUGGGUUAGAAGUUUGCAAUAAAAACUUUAAGGGCAAAAACUUUUCUGGUUGAUGUGCAUGCAAGAACUAUUUGGUGUUGGUCCAUUGUGUAAUUUGUUAAUGAAUGGUGAUAGUCAUUAUAAAGGUGCUGAGAAAGGUUGGGUGGGUGGCUUUGAUUGUCAUGGCAUAGAAAUGAUGUUGCAUGGAUGACAUUAACUACCAUAUCAUGCUAUGUCAUAUUCAGGGUGCGGGUUAGGUGUCUGGUGAUCAUGGAUGACAGUGAUCACCAAAGAGCAAAAAUGAUUUUGAGGUGGCUGUUAGUGGGAAAUUGCAAAUAUUAGUUGAGAGCAAGAAGAGUGUGAGUAUGUGAUAUCUUAUCAAACAAUCAGCACUUGGGCAUCUCCCUUGCCUAUGAUGAAAAAUGGGCAGUUGUCAUUUACACACUUGUAGAAGAGAUAAAAGAGAGAUAGAGAGAUAAGUGCAGGGAAUUCUUUUGGACUGGAGAAACACCAAUACCUGUAAUGAUGUGAACUGAGGCAUUUGAAGGUCGAGCCCUAUGGAUGGUUCUUUGGUGCAUUUUCAUUCACCAGUCUUGGUUUAAUCAUAGCUUGAAAGGAGGAAAAAAAUGUUUGGCAGUAUACCACUCAACAAAAGAGAAAAUUGAUUCAAAGAAGAUUAUAAUUAUCCUCUUUGCAAGGACAGAGUACCCUAUAUUGAUGAAAUAAUGCUGGGUGAUUAUGGUUACAAGAUGAAAGUGGGUAGAGAGAUAUCUUGUGCAAGCCCUACAUGAAACUAAAUGAAUGGAUGCUCAGUUUUCGUAUUACAGCCACUGAAGAACGAGCAGGAUGUGGGCUUGUGUCUGUGAUUAUCACAUGAUAAGGGAAUUUGUGUCCUUCAAGAUAGGCGGGUUAGUAGGUGGACAGCUGUAACUAUAGUAUGAGAUAAGAAAAAGAUAUUUGUGAUCUUUCUAGAAAGUGAGGGCGCAUGGAUGGUUACGUUCGUGUAAGUGGUUAUGUUCACAUAAAACAGAGGCUGUGAAGUGGAAGAAUAUCCUCGGGAAUGGUGAUCUAAAUAAUUGGAAAAGAAAAGCAAUCAUAUUAAUUAAGGUCAUUCUCGAAAUGAGGUGAAAUUAUUAGCAGGAAUUUGAGGCACUUCCCGACACCCUUACUAUUUGUGUAAGAGACUGGUAUAAUGGGCUUAGAGAGCUCAGGGGUGUUCUGUUUCUGACUUAAAGCAAGACUGUUAAAGUGCCUACAUAUAAUUUGAUUUACCUUUCAUCCUUCUCUUUUAUGUGUACUCUAAAUUUCUCAUUCUUUUAUCUUUUUAUUUUGCGCUACCCAGUAGUCAGAGGGAGAGGUAUCUGUCUCCUACAUUAUGCGCUCAAGCAGACUAGCCUACCUGUGUCAAACUGAGAGAGUAUUGAAGUCAAGAACCUACUAGUUUUGGAUGGAAGAAACAAGAGGCAGCGACGAAAAUCCCUGUGGAGAAUCCUCUCUGACCACAUCAUUGCCUUCACCAGUAUGUUUGCCAACUUCCCUGCAAUCCCUGACUUCCCCAGUUAUUGAUGAAAAAGCUGACACUGAUCACCAGCAGAGAAUUAUGGUAAAAAAUCCUGAGACAUCAGUUCAGCAAGAUGUUCCCAAUUGCUUAUCAUUGGAUCAUAAUACAUCAAAUUCAUUGGAGAAGUCAAAUGCAUCAGGGGUUACCAGCAGCAAUGCUGUAGCUCUGUCAUCAGAAGUCCUUAGUGAUCCAGUGCCUCAUUCAUUGGAUACAUUGGGAGAACUGAAAGAUAUGCCACAUCAUCUUGAAGAUAGGACUUCUGAUAGAGUAACUGAUGUUCAGAUCAGUCAUGACUCUAGUUCCACUGUUGAAAUAAGAAAGACAGAAGAGAUGCUCCAUGAUGUUCAGAUCAGCUAUGAUUGUACUGCCACUGUUGAAAUAAAAAAUACACAAGAGAUGCCUCAUAAUGUUCAGAUCGGUUGUGAUACUAAGACUCCCCAUGAUGUUCAGAUCAGCGAUGAUUCUACUGUUACUGUUGAAAUAAAAAAGAAGGAAGAGGUGCCCCAUGAUAUUCAGAUCAGUCAUGAUUCUACUGCCAGUGUUGAAAUAAAAAGCACAGAAGAGACAGCCCAUGAUGGUCAGGUCAACAAUGAUUCUACUCCCUCUGUUGAAAUGAAAAAGACAAAUGAUAGGCCUCAUUUGCUGCAUGAUAAGCUUGAUCAUCAUGUGGAGGUUGGAAAUACACACAACAAGAUGCAAGAAUCAGCUUAUUCUUCUCAACAUGUAAAACAUGAAUAUGCAAACAGAGGCCUUGUCGACACUGCAGCACCUUUUGAAUCUGUUAAGGAAGCUGUCACCAAGUUUGGAGGAAUUGUUGAUUGGAAAGCUCACAAAGCACAGACUUUAGAGAGACACAAACUUGUCCAACUGGAACUUGAGAAGGUACAAGAAGAAAUUCCAGAAUACAAAAAGCAAUCAGAAGCUGCAGAGGAGGCUAAAGCACAAGUACUGAAGGAGCUAGACAGCACCAAGAGACUUGUAGAAGAACUAAAGCUGAACCUCGAGAAGGCACAAACUGAAGAGGCCCAGGCGAGACAGGACUCGGAACUUGCCCAACUCAGGGUCAAAGAAAUGGAGCAAGGAAUUGCUGACGAAGCUAGUGUUGCAGCCAAGGCACAAUUAGAGGUUGCCAAAGCAAGGCAUGAAGCAGCAGUUGCAGAAUUGAAGUCUGUGAAAGAGGAGUUGAAAACAGUGCAAGAAGAACAUGUCAUAUUAAUUACUGAAAGGGACAUAGCAAUCAAUGAGGCUGAAGAGGCUGUAUCUGCAUCCAAGGAGAUUGAGAAGACUGUUGAGGAACUGACUCUAGAACUUAUAGCAACAAAGGAAUCAUUAGAAUUGUCUCACACUGCACAUCUUGAAGCAGAAGAACAUAGAAUUGGUGCGGCCCUGGCUAGAGAACAAGAUUGUCUUACUUGGGAGAAAGAAUUGAAACAAGCUGAAGAUGAGGUGCAACAGCUAAAUGAACAGCUUUUGUUGACAAAGGACCUCAAGUCAAAACUAGAUACAGCAUUGACUCUCUUGUUGAAUCUCAAAGCUGAGCUAGCCGCUUAUAUGCAGGCAAAGCUGAACCAAGAGUCCGAGGGAAUUGAGGAAGAGAAACAAACAGAUGAUACAGAAGAAGCAAAUAACAUUGGGAGAUCCAUUCAAGAAGCAUUAGCUUCAACACGAAAGGAGUUUGAGGAAGUGAAAGCUAAUAUUGAGAAAGCCAAGGAUGAAGUUAAUUGUUUGAGAGUUGCGUCUUCAUCCCUUAAAUUGGAGCUUGACAAAGAAAAAGCAGCCCUCACCAACUUGCAACAGAGGGAGGGGAUGGCAUCUAUAGCAGUGUCUUCUCUUGAAGCUGAGCUUGAUAGAACAAAACAAGAAAUAGAAACGAUUCGCACAAAGGAGAAAGAAGCUAGAGAGAAGAUGGUGGAGCUACCCAAGUUUUUGCAGCAAGCAGCUCAGGAAGCAGAUCAUGCUAAGUUGGUUGCUCAGUUGGCACGAGAAGAGCUAAGAAAGGUCAAGGAAGAAGCAGAACAAGCUAAAGCUGGUGCAAGCACCACAGAGAUCAGAUUAAAUGCAGCUUUGAAGGAAAUAGAGGCAGCCAAAGCAUCAGAGAGGCUGGCACUUGCAGCAGUCAAAGCAUUGCAAGAGAGCGAGCAGGCUGCAGGUGUUAGGGGUGAUGACUCCCCCAGUGGAGUGACUGUUUCAUUGGAUGAGUACUUCAGUCUUAGUAAGAGAGCUCAUGAAGCCGAGGAGCUUGCCCAUGAGAGGGUGACAGCUGCCAUUGCACAAAUUGAGGUGGCUAAGGAGUCCGAGUCAAAGAAUUUAGCAAAACUGGAGGAAGCAUAUGGGGAGAUGGGCGAAAGGAAGGAAGCACUGAGAGUUGCAAUAGAGAAGGCUGAGAAGGCCAAGGAAGGGAAACUGGGAGUGGAGCAGGAAUUAAGGAAAUGGAGAGCUGAACAUGAACAGCGAAGAAGAGCUAGUGAUGCUGCUAAAGGUGCUGUGAAUCCUUCGAAGAGCCCACCCAGAGGUUUUGAGCAUAGUGAACCAAAAAGCUUUAGUAAGGAAGAAGUUGAUGUUCUUGUCCAUCCCAUCUCCAAUCCGAAGUUAUACAUGGCAGAUGAAAGUCCAGAGAAUGCUGUACCGGGGUUGAAGGCAAGGAGGAAGAAAAAAUCUCUCCUUCCUCGAAUUGUCAUGUUCCUAGCCAGAAAAAGGGCUCAAUAGCUCAAGUAAUGGAAUGCUAUGUUUAGUGUGUUGAGUCAUCUUUGUUGUACUUGUAAAAUAAGUUAAAUUUGUUGUUGAUAUGCUGACAUGAUGCAAAUUUGUAAUUUGUUGGUAUAGGCUUUUGGAGAACAAGUCAAAAGAGGAUGUUUGCGUGAAUUUUGUAACGAUUAAAGUCUAAAAUUGUAAGUUAUUUGAGCACUUCAUGGUAAGUUAUGUGAUAAUUUUGAUUUAUAGUUUGUAAUAUCCCUAGUACA